UAUAUAUCGAUAGUCGGACUAUCGAAUAUCGAAGCACGCACAGAUGGCCUCUCGUACACACGUGCAGCGUGUCAAAACGCUGUACAAGACGAUUUUGAGGUUACCGGGUUUACCAACCGAGAUUCAGCCCUUGGGCAACAAUUAUGUCCGCGACGAGUUCAAGAGACAUAAAAACUGCGUGGAGAGCGAGGCGAUUAUUUUUCUCCGCGAAUGGACAGAUUACGCGGUCUCCCUCGCUGAACAGCUGGGUUUAAGGGGCCCUCACACAGGACGACCGCUGGGGAAAUGUUUGAAGGAGCAGGAUCUCGAGAUGCUGCGGGACGAGCAAGUGUGUCAGCUGUACGAAUUAAUGAUCGCGGCUACAGGGAAGACGGACGAUAAAUCGAAGGGCAACGCGUGAUUACGUGGGAUACCAUUCGCAGAAAUCGUGUACACUCAAAGAUCGUAGAAUUGUAUCGUAAAAUAUAAAAAUAAAUAGUAAAUAAUUUAUUCUGAA